GAAAUAACACAAAGCAAACGCCAAAAUGAUCUGCAGAUUUCAUUUAUUGCCUUCCGAAUACUUGAUUUCAAGGUCAAGCAAUACUUCUGCUAAGCUGUUGGAACUAUAUAAAAUUAAAGCUGCUAAUAAAAUGCACAAAGAAGUAUAUCUGCUUAUAUAAUCAAGGAUGGUUUCUAUCAUGAAGAUAUGGGAUACAUUCUGGGACAGAAAAUAACGUGAACUGUCUGCAAAAGAACGCACUUAACACUUAACCAAGGGAACAAGGAACUGAAAAAAUGGAGCUUUCACACUGGAUACUGUGAGAAAAUGAAUUUUACAAACUGCACAGCUGAACCCAGUGCUACAACUCAAACAAAGACAAUGGCUGAGAAAACGGUGAUUACUCUGAGCCUAGCUGUCCUUACAUUUGUGACCACAGUUCUGAAUGUUGCUGUCAUAGCUGCCAUCUGUGUUACAAAAAAACUGCACCAACCUGCAAAUUACCUAAUAUGUUCUCUAGCAGUUACUGACUUUUUGGUUGCCGUUUUGGUUAUGCCUCUAAGCAUUGCAUACAUUGUCAUGAACACAUGGGCUCUUGGUUACGUCAUCUGUGAAAUAUGGCUGACAGUGGAUAUGACCUGCUGCACAUGCUCUAUUCUGCACCUCUGUGUAAUUGCAUUGGACAGAUACUGGGCAAUCACUGAUGCAGUUGAAUAUGCUAGGAAAAGAACAGCAAAAAGGGCUGGGCUUAUGAUCAUUACUGUAUGGACCAUAUCCACUUUUAUUUCAAUGCCACCAUUAUUUUGGAGAAAUCACUAUGGCACAGGGGUGGUUACUCAGUGCAUAAUUCAGCAUGACCAUGCUAUCUAUACAAUAUACUCAACAUUUGGAGCCUUCUACAUUCCUUUGAUAUUGAUACUAAUAUUGUAUUAUCGUAUCUAUCAUGCUGCAAAGACUCUAUAUCAGAAACGUGGAUCGAGUAGACAUCUCAGCAACAGGAGUUGUGAUAGUCAGAAUUCCUUCGCAAACUGCAAGCUUACACAAACAUUUUGUGUUUCUGACUUUUCAACCUCAGAUCCAACAACUGAACUUGACAAAAUUAAUGCCACAAUUAGAAUUCCCCCUUUUGAUAAUGAAAUGGAGCAGAACUCUGACAGGCAACAGAUUUCUAGUUCUAGGGAAAGAAAAGCAGCACGAAUACUUGGUCUAAUUUUAAGCGCAUUUACUAUUUGCUGGUUGCCAUUUUUUAUUAAGGAACUGUUUGUAGGCCUUAGGGUUUGCACUGUGCGCCCAGAAAUAGCAGACUUUCUAACAUGGCUGGGCUACAUAAACUCUCUAAUUAAUCCUUUACUUUACACUAGUUUUAAUGAUGAUUUCAAACUAGCCUUUAAAAAACUCUCCAAAUGCAGAGAACAGUCUUAAUCUCUGAUAAACUUAAGUGGUGCACAAUUCUUACUUGCCUUAAGAAAAGAAUAAACAUGUUGGGUAAUUUCAUAUGGUUUUCAAUUGUUUACAUUUUAUUCUAUACUGCACUCUGUGUGGCUCUCUUACUCUAGCACUUGGGCUUCAUUUAAGAACAAUUGCUGCACUAUAGUGACACCUAGUGGUUCCUAUAAUGACAUAGAAAAGGUCUACUGUAAUUUCAGGAAAAUGACAAUUUCAGAAGGAUGUCUCAUCUUAUUUGCAAGUAUGGUUCAGAUGAUUUAUUUGGCUAUGGUUAAAGCUACUGCGGGGAAAAAAAGAAGGAAUUGCUGUUGCAACAAAACAGUGAUGCAAAUAAAUACAAUUGCACUCCACCUAAGUUUAUAGUAA